AAUUUGGGUAUAUAAAUGCUGAGAGAUGUCCCAAGUUGGCAAAACAAAAGUAGAGGCUUAAAUAAGGUUUGUAGUCAAGGAAUACCUGAUAUAUUAGUGAGACCAUAUCAACGGGAUUUUGUUGGAAGAAAAUUUUACGAAGAACCGAAUAGAAAAAUGUUCUUUUUCCUGCUUGUGUUCCCAUUACUAAGCAACAUACAGAUUUAUGGCGAGGAGAUGACCACCGAUCAACCAGCAUUAACAACGAUGAUACCUUACUCAACGACCGGAUCAACGAUACAACCCAAGAAGAACGGAACUCAAAAAGUUUGUGGAUCGAGUUCAAACAUUUGUCGACGAGGUUAUGACGGGGCACAGGGAGCACAGGGACUACCUGGGGUGCAGGGGAUCCAAGGACCAAGAGGGCCGCCAGGUAUUGAAGGAUGCAGGGGCCCACCUGGUCAUAUAGGCCCCCAUGGAAGUCCAGGAGUUCCAGGGGUUGAUGGGAAAGCAGGAAAAACUGGAGUAGUUGGUUUGAAAGGCGAGAAGGGGGACCCAGGUACUUGCACGUGUGAAGUUGAAAGGACCGCACCAGCAUCAUCUAGACAAGCUAGUGCAUCUUAUGUCAUCCCUGCACAGACGUUCAACACACCACUUUCAUCACCUUUUCUCGCCGCCAGUCGUGGGUCUGCGUUUUCUGUAGCACGAAUCACUCCGAUCAUGCCAAACACAAACAACACUGCAAUUACAUUCGAUGUGGUUUACGCUAAUCUGGGCAACGAUUUCGAUAUGAAAACUGGAUUCUACAAGUGUCCACUAAAUGGCACGUACUACUUUAAUACGCACGUGUACAAACACAAAAUUUUAAAGAAACCGUCUGUUCGUUUGUACAAAAACGAUGAGUACAUCAUGGUAAUUGACGAUUUCGCCCCGCCAAAUCGUCACGACUCCACGUCAAGCAGCGUUAUACUUAGUCUCGUUGAGGGAGAUCGCGUUUGGCUCGAACUCAACCGAAAAGUCAAGUUGCAUCACAACCGAUCGCGGCGGUCGAUAUUUACUGGGUUUCUUUUGUUUCCAGCCAAUGCACACCCAUAGUGAACUCAAGAAACUGCACUCGUGUAAAUGGACCUUUCAAAUUAUCAAUCAAACAACUGAAAAAUCAAAACACAAACACACGCGCUGUCUCUGACGACCACAAAGGCACAUGUUUACGUGCGUACGUGCAUUACGCCGUCGUUGGGUUGGACCUUAGAACAAUACCCAAUGGGCAGGGCUUUUGAAAAGUUCAUUCAGAAUACUGUACUAAGAAUGUAUAUGAACGUUUAUAUAGUAUAGAUUUUAUAUAUUUAAUACGGCGUGUAAAUAAAAUGUACAAUUCGUUUUAUAGAUAUUCUUUUAAGAUUUUAUUGUUUUUCAUGUGGAAUUACAUAUUCAUAGACAAACACAACAGAAACAUGUAAAGGCUAUUUAUAAUGAAUUUUACUGUAGCGAAAACUACUUUUUAUCGGUUUCUGGAAGUUAUUUUAAUUUUAAAAUGAGUUAGGCCAAUCCAACGUUUCAAUUGAAUUGCUUAGACGUCCUUGAUAGGGCUAUAGAAAUUGAACUGCGCAUGCCCGUAUUCAAAGUCACUCGACGUUGUGUGUAUGUUGUUUAUGUGCCGAUCGACCUUGAUAUGGGCAGUUCAAACUAUAAAUUGAUUAAAAUAGUUGCAGCUGCAAGUAUAUUACCCAAGUUGAGAAUUAGCUCGUGUAAUGUUUUCCGCCUUCCAAUUCUUAGAUCUCUGAAGUCAAAGCUAAUUAUCACAAAUGUAUAUAAACCCAUCAUUAAGGCAUCACUCUGCAUCCUAAAAUCCAAAUCAAUGUUAAGACGUUCAUUAAGAAAUAUUCUGUUAUUUUAAUAAUGUUUAAGUGCAAUGAGUUAACCACAACCAUACGGCAAAAAAAAAAUUACUGAUGAUCCCUUUGUCCAUCACUGAUGAUCUUUGUCCUUGUAAGUGUUGUGGCUACGUAUAACUCUAAUAAAUAUUUGAAUUUUUCUAGUGGAAUUAUUAACUUAAAUCCCCUCGUGGUUUAAAAUUUCGGUUUUCACCAGUCAUAAUUGUAUAUCUUAUAAAGACCUAAUUAAAUAUACCAUGUAAUUA